AUGAUUCCAAGAAUACGACCAGACCUGCCUCGCCGGCUAACCCGCUUUGUCUGCACCACCCCUCCACCUGCACCGACCUCCACCGCGACCCGCACCACCCUCCGCCUCGCCCUCCUCGCAACAGCAUUCUUCACGAUAGGCUACACCACCUCCUACCUCCUCCCCCACCCGAUGCUCCACUUCCACCGACAAACAGCCCUCCCCCUCCCCAACUCGGCAGACGAAUCAACAUACCUCCACCGCCUGCGUACCCAAGUCUUCACAUCCACCCUCGUCGCCCGACUCCAAUCCGACCCGGCAUGGAAGAUGGAGGAAGGGUUUAGCGAGCAUGGGAUGGAGAUGGCGGCGGAGGGACGGAUGUUGACGGAGGGAGCGUUGGGUGGGGUGGGGAGAUUGAGUGGGAGGUGGAUGUGGGUUAAUGAUGGGACGCAUGAAGUCGUUGCGGUCGCACAUCUCGGGCCCCAAUUAUGCGGGUUCCCAUCUAUUACGCAUGGUGGACUCCUGGCCACCCUCUUGGACGAGACGCUGGGUCGGGUUGCGAUAUCGGCGUUUCCGGCGGGGAAGAGUGUUGUGACGGCGAGUCUGGAUAUCAAGUAUAAGGCGCCGACGAUGGUGGACCAGGUUGUUGUUAUCAAAGGGAAUGUGAAGGCGAGGGAGGGGGAGGGGGAGAGGAGGGUGAGGGUUGAGGGGAGGGUGGAGGCGUUGGAGGGGGGAGCUGUGUUUGUGGGGUGUGAGGGGGUGUUUGCGGUGCCGAGGAGGCCGUUGCCGAGGUGA